AGCCAGAUCGCAUACGUGGAAUUUUUGUCGACAAUAUUCUAAAAUUAGCGGUUGUGAUAAUGUUAAUAAGUCCAUGUCGUCCGUCAGAAGUUGAAGAAAGUGAUGGAGGAUGGCUCACCGAUCCUCUAACAGCAAUAGCAAAGUCAGGGCCGUGCAAUAUUGAAGUCAGAGGUCCAGACCUUAGCCCGAGUGAAUUUUUGUCAAAAUAUGCUUAUACCGUUCCUGUUGUAAUACGAGGUGCCGCUGACAACAGUGCUUUCAGAAAUGUUGCCACAAAAUCAAGAAUAUUAGAAAAAUAUGGUGAUAAGAAAAUCAUACUCAGUACUGCAAAUACACAUUCCCAUGAAAAAGUUACCCAAAAACUGGCUGAUUAUAUCAACGAACUAAAACCCCAGUCAUUGAAUAGAUAUGGAAAUGAAACUUUUUACUGGUUUGGAGACCAUGAUUUCAAAGCCUGGCAAGAAUUCUUUGACAUUUACCGUCCACCUCCAUAUCAUCUUCCGGGAAAGACUAGCGCGUAUAGCUUUGGAAUUGCUGGUCCUGGUACUGGGGUGCCCUUCCAUCAACAUGGACCAGGUUUUGCUGAAGUCAUUUAUGGGAGUAAGCGAUGGUUUUUCUAUCCACCAAAAGAGAACCCUACGUUCAACCCAGACAAAUCCUCUUUACAUUGGCUUGUUGAAGAAUACGCUAAUCUGCCAAGUCAUAAAAAGCCUCUGGAGUGUACUGUAGGACCAAAUGAGGUCAUCUAUUUCCCACAUUGGUGGUGGCACAGUACACUCAAUGUCAACACAAGUGUAUUCAUAUCAACAUUCCUUGCCUGAUCCGACAUUGUCGUGAGAGGGACGUGUGCCAUCAUGAAGAUUAACUGUCAGAGCUUGAGUUUUUUUUUUAUGUUAGGGAUAGGUGUCUUUGUGAAGAGCUACAUGUACUGCUAGAGUUUGAGAUAUUUGCUUGUGAGGGACAGAUAGGGAGAAAGUCACAUCUAGUAUGUGCCAAGCUUUUUCAAUGUGCAGAUUGGUACAGAAUACUUGGAAGCAGUGAAUAAUUCUGUCAUGCUGUACUUGCACAUGAAUUUUAUGUUGUAACAGGUGUUUUGUUAUUUGUAUUUGCAGGCAUGGGAAUCAUUUUGUUAAGCAAUAAAUUAUUUUGUAAUA